AUGCACACUGUUAGCAGUGGUCACAUCUCAGACAAUGAAGGAAAUGAAAGGGGUGAGAUAGCAGGGAUACCAAUGGGGCCAAUGCCAGCAGCAGGAAUGCCUUACCUUGGACAAACACCGUUCCUGGGAAUGCGUCCCCCGGGCCCACAGUACACCCCAGACAUGCAGAAGCAGUUCGCUGAAGAGCAGCAAAAACGAUUUGAACAGCAACAGAAGCUCUUAGAGGAAGAAAGAAAAAGACGCCAGUUUGAAGAGCAGAAGCAAAAGCUCAGGCUUUUGAGUAGUGUGAAACCCAAGACAGGAGAGAAGAGUAGAGAUGAUGCUUUGGAAGCCAUAAAAGGAAACUUAGAUGGGUUUUCCAGAGAUGCUAAAAUGCAUCCUACUCCAGCAUCGCACCCUAAGAAACCAGAUUAUCCCACACCAUCUCAUUCUACCAAAACUGUCUCCCCAUCACCUGCCUUUCUUGAUGAAGAAGAAUUCAGUGACUUUAUGCAGGGGCCCGUUGAAGUUCCCACAUGUGGUCCUUCUUCCACUUCCCAGCCUUUUCAGUCUUUCCAUCCCACCACCCCAUUUGGCCAGUUGCAUACACAGAAGGCUGGAGCACAGCCUCUCCCUCCAGGUCAGAUUCCAGUGUCUUUUGCCUUACAUGGUGUCCCUGGGCAAAUUCCUUCUUUCUCUACUGCUGCAGCCUCAUACAAUGUACAGAAAGCAGGCCCUUCCUUGGAGGAGAAGCUCCUAGUAUCUUGUGAUAUAAGUUCAUCUGGGCAGGAACAAAUUAAAUUAAAUACCUCUGACGUUGGUCACAAAGCCCUAGGCCCAGGUUCCAGUAAGAACCAUCCCAGUUUAACGGCCAAAAACGGGGGUGCUAUAGAUGGACGUGUAAGUGGUACCACCAUUGCAGAGGCAGAAAAGACUUCAGACCAAAACCUAUCCAUUGAAGAGAGUGGUGUGGGAGUAUUUCCCUCGCAGGAUCCUGUUCAGCCCAGAAUGCCGCCUUGGAUUUACAAUGAGAGUUUGGUUCCAGAUGCCUAUAAGAAAAUUUUAGAAAUCACAGUGACUCCAACUGGAAUAGAUACUGCUAAACUUUAUCCCAUUCUGAUGUCAUCUGGACUGCCCAGGGAAACUCUUGGACAGAUAUGGGCCUUGGCUAAUCGAACUACACCUGGCAAACUUACUAAGGAAGAACUUUAUACUGUUCUCGCCAUGAUAGCGGUAACACAGAGAGGUGUUCCUGCCAUGAGUCCUGAUGCUUUAAACCAAUUUCCAGCUGCUCCUGUUCCAACUUUAAGUGGAUUUCCUAUGACUUUGCCUACUGCAGUGAGUCAGCCAACCGGGAUGUCUUCAGGCCCUGCCGGCUCCAUACCCCUCAACCUUGGACAGCCGGUCAUGGGCAUUAACCUUGUUGGACCAGUUGGGGGAGCUGCAGCCCAGGCUUCCAGUGGCUUCAUGCCAACUUACCCUGCAAAUCAGAUAGCUUCUGGAACCGCUGAUGUGAUCCUUGUAAAAAUUGCCCCUUCUUUGUUGAUGCCCCUUCCUGGCACUAAAGCAUCAGCUUCGAUGGAUAAGUAUGCUGUGUUUAAAGGAAUUGCAGCUGACAAAUCCUCUGAAAGUAACAUUCCAUUUGGAGAGCCUGGUGAUAAAUACAGUGCUUUCAGAGAACUUGAACAGACAGCAGAGGGUAAAACUUCAGGAGAAAACUUUGCAGAAUUCAGAUCUGCGAGCACUGAUGACGGUUUCACCGAUUUUAAAACUGCCGAUAGUCUAUCACCACUAGAGCCACCAACAAAAGACCAAACUUUUCCAGCAUCCUUCCCCUCAGGAGCUGUACAACAGAAACAACAAACACAAGUGAAGAAUCCUCUGAACUUAGCAGACCUUGAUAUGUUUUCCUCAGUUAACUGCAGCAGCGAGAAACCAUUAUCUUUUUCAGCUGCUUUUAGUGCAUCCAAAUCUGUUUCCACACGGCCACAGCCAACAGGAUCUGCUGCAGCUACGACAGCACUGGCAUCAACUAAGAUGUCUAGUUUGGCUGAUGAUUUUGGAGAAUUCAACCUUUUUGGGGAAUAUUCUAGUCCAGCAUCUGUUGGGGAACAGGAUGACUUUGCAGAUUUUAUGGCUUUCAGUAAUAGCUCUGUUUCAUCUGAGCAAAAGGCAGAUGAUAAAUAUGACGCCCUUAAAGAGGAGGCUAGUCCUGUUCCUCUAAGUGGCAGCUCGAGCAGCACAGUGAAGAGUGGACAAAACUCCGCUGCCACGUCCACCAAAUACGAUGUCUUCAAACAACUUUCUCUGGAAGGAUCUGGACUGGGUAUUGAAGAACUGAAGGAUAAUAUCCCUUCAGGAAAAAGUGAUGAUGAUUUUGCUGACUUCCACUCUAGUAAAUUUUCUUCCAUGAACUCAGACAAAUCUCUGGGUGAGAAAUCAGUGGCUUUCAGACACACCAAAGAAGACUCUGCUUCAGUGAAGUCCUUGGAUCUCCCUUCCAUUGGUGGCAGCAGUGUUGGCAAGGAGGACUCUGAAGAUGCACUCUCUGUUCAGUUUGACAUGAAACUGGCUGAUGUGGGAGGAGAUCUUAAGCAUGUCAUGUCUGAUAGCUCUUUGGAUUUACCAACAGUUAGUGGCCAGCAUCCUCCUGCUGCAGAUAUAGAGGACUUAAAAUAUGCUGCUUUUGGAACCUACAGUAGCAAUUUUGCAGUGAGCACACUUACGAGCUAUGACUGGUCAGACAGGGAUGAUGCGUCUCAGGGCAGAAAACUCUCUCCAUUUGUCCUCUCAGCAGGAAGCGGGUCCUCCUCAGCUGCCUCGGUUCUUCAAAAGAAAGAGACUUCAUUCGGCAGUUCCGAAAACAUCACCAUGACCUCUCUCUCCAGAGUAACAACCUUCACAAAUGAAGAUGCUCUUCCAGAGGCCACCUUCCCAGCUUUUGCCAGUUUUAAAGAUGUGAUUCCUCAGACCAGUGAGCAAAAGGAAUAUGAAAGUGGGGACUAUAAAGAUUUCACGAGACAGGACUUGCCUACAGCCGAACGGAGCCCGGAUGCCACCUGUCCAAGCCCGGCCUCCAGCAGCACUUCUCACGACACUCCCAAAGAAUGUGCAGAUGACUUUGGAGAGUUUCAAAGUGAAAAGCCCAAAAUCAGCAAAUUUGACUUUUUGGUGGCCAAUUCACAGAGCAAAAUGAAAUCCAGUGAAGAAAUGAUCAAAAGUGAGCUGGCAACCUUUGACCUUUCUGUUCAAGGAUCACACAAAAGGAGUUUGAGCCUUGGUGAUAAAGAAAUAAGCCGUUCUUCUCCUUCUCCGGCUUUGGAGCAGCCUUUCAGGGAUCGUUCCAACACUCUGAGUGAGAAGCCGGCUCUGCCUGUCAUCCGUGACAAAUACAAAGAUCUGACAGGAGAGGUGGAGGAGAAUGAGAGAUAUGCAUAUGAAUGGCAGAGGUGCCUGGGGAGCGCCCUAGAUGUCAUUAAGAAGGCAAAUGAUACCUUAAAUGGAAUCAGUAGUAGUUCUGUGUGCACAGAAGUAAUUCAGUCAGCCCAAGGCAUGGAAUAUUUAUUAGGUGUUGUUGAGGUGUACAGGGUGACCAAGCGUGUGGAGCUGGGGAUAAAAGCCACCGCGGUGUGCAGUGAGAAACUCCAGCAGCUGCUGAAGGACAUCGAUAAAGUGUGGAAUAACCUCAUUGGCUUUAUGUCCCUGGCCACACUCACGCCCGAUGAGAAUUCACUGGAUUUUUCCUCUUGUAUGCUACGGCCUGGGAUUAAAAAUGCUCAGGAACUUGCCUGUGGGGUGUGCCUUUUAAAUGUGGACUCCAGAAGCCGGAAAGAAGAGAAGCCUGCAGAAGAACAUCCCAAAAAAGCAUUCAACUCCGAAACGGACAGCUUCAAGCUGGCAUAUGGAGGACACCAGUAUCACGCCAGCUGUGCCAACUUCUGGAUCAACUGUGUUGAACCAAAACCUCCCGGCCUCAUCCUGCCUGAUUUGCUCUGA